UCCGCAAGCGACUCCUCAAUUGACUACUCAAGUCUCUUUGGGGUUUUGGCACAAUGUCACACGAGACAGCGCGAGAGCCCCUCCGGCUCUCAAACCCCCUUCCGAUGGCGAGGCUGGCACGCAGCGCGACAAAGGUGACGGUCCACUGGAUGGGGCCCUCCUUCAAUUACGCCACGCCGGAGCACGCGAAGCUCCUGGAUGCUGUGGCCGAAAUCCACGACGACACCUGGGACCCUGUCGAAAACUACCAUGGCAUAGAGUUGCCCAGCGAGCUGCGCCUGGACGGUGCUGGGCGCGUCGUGCGCGAGAAAAAAAACCACGAACGCUGGGACGACGUAAGGGUCGUCGUCGAGCUCAGCACGGGGUUGAAUCUCGCCCACACGUGGAAGUAUGAAAAUGAGUUCACCAUCCAGCACGUUCGGGCUAGCGACGAGCGGCCGCUGUUUCACGCGCAUGCGGUGGCGGGGGCGUGUUCUCGAUUUCCAGGGAUCAAAGUGGGCGUCUCGCCCGCUUUGACGAUUGGCGAGCUUCAAAGGGGAUGGAUCAAAGGUCCUCCGCCCCCUACCGUCGUGCAUGUCCAUUGUCCGCCCCUGGAGGUGGUUAAUGACGUAGGGCAGCUUCUUACGCUCGCGAUUCUGCGCGAAAAGCUCCUCGAAAUGGUCUCGGACGACCCGAUCGUGCGCCUCAAUUCCUUCGGACCCCGGUGUCUCGGACCUGUCGACCACGCGGUGCUGAGUGCACUGGAGAUCGGUCCGGUCCAAUUAUUGUAUGCUGCCAAUAACGGCUGUAAAUCGACUGAAGAGGCCGUGGCGUUCCUCAGGGAGAACCCUGACAUUGUAGUGAAGGGCGUGAUGGAGACUCGGAGCGAGGGCGAGGAGGCGUCUUUGAUGGAGGCCGAGGACAUUAUGGCAAGCUGGUACGCACCCCCGUCGGACAAGUGGCGGAUAUUCGGCCGAAAGGAUUUCGCCUACUUCGUCCCCGGUUUCCGCGGUAAUACGAUUAACUCGUGGUAA